AUGGAUAGUGAAUAUGUGCCAGUAUCCGAAGAAUUUAAGAGUCGUGUCAUUGGAAGGGAUGGAAGCGUGUUGAAUAGUAUAAGAGAGAGAUCGGGAGCAAUAAUUACAUCCAGAUAUACAGAAGAAGAAGGAUUUACUGUUAGUGGAAAUGACCAGCAGAGAGAAACUGCAAAAAGACUAAUUUUAGAAAAAGUGGUGAGUUGAUUUUUUACUUAUAAACGAUGCGGUAACAAAAUUGAAAUACCUGAAAAAAUUCUGGAUACCAUACUGUUUGGUUCCAGAUUAGUUUCUAUAGCCUAAAUACUUUCCUGAUUAGAUGUUCAAAAGGUAACUAUAGUGUAUGAAUUCUUCAAUGAACGGAGGUGAUUGUGAACAAAAUUACACUCGUUUUGUUGACUCGAAUGUUACUAAGUGUCCAAGAAUGUUAUUUAGUUUAGAUCUACUGACAUGCGAGCAGCAAGUCACCGCCUCUUUCUUCACAGGAGGAAAUAGAGCUAACCAAGUGGGAGGAAGUGGAGAUUCCUACCGAAUACAAAGGUUUGGUGAUCGGAAAGUACGGAGCUAAUCUGCUUGUGAUAAGCAAAGAAACAGGAGCAAAAGUGACCCGUAAAAGAGGAGAGGUGCACAUUACACAGGGAACAAAGCAACAAAGGGAUCAAGUGAAGUUCCUUAUCAAACGCCAAGUGGUAGGUGGUUUGGAUAAAUUUUUUUCCCUCGAUCGAUGAGUUUUGAGUCGUUUUUGACCUGCGUAACUUUUUUUGCGCCCUCAGAAGUGGAGGCAGUCUUCCAAUCUUCUCACCAUCAUAACUGUGCCACUUAACUCUUCAAAUAAAGUGCAAUCAAAUCUCUUGCUGUGCAGGGUAGAAAAUUAUCAACUCUGUGUGUCUUUUUUCUUUUAAGCUUUAACCAAUUUUGUUUGUUACGACAAUAUUGUUAUUAUUUUUCUCGCCAUACUAUUACUAGAGGUUCAAUUGUGUAAAUUUGUACGUGUUCCAGAGAUCUUUUGCACAUGCUCAAAAGCUCAGAAGUAUGCCAAAUGUGGUUCCCAUUAUUCGAAAUUAUCAUACUCGAUGACGUUUAAUCACGGAAAAUCUUAAUUGUCGCAUGUGCUCCAAAAAAUGACAGACUUUACUCAAUAACAACUUGCAAACUAGCUCUUGACAAUCUAUUAUGGUGUGUCAUUGUAAGAAGAAAGGAAAGUGAAUAUUUCAGAGAGCUUCAUCUUUUGCAAGUCAUGGUGAAGACAUAUACACACAUUGCUUUUAAAGCAGGUUUUAUAGAGAGAUCUCCGUACACAUUUCAUUAUGUACCUUCUUUCUGGGAUUAUUCGGCUUUCGAACAAAGUCACUUUAUUUCCUCUAUCUGAGUGGCCGUGAGGAUUUUCCUGAAGGUCUAACAGUACGUGUGCGUUAUUUUCUUCUCUUGCAUCUUUACAUCUACCACGUAUAUCUCUGUUGGCAGAUAACUGCAGGUGCAAAAAAUAAAUAGUAUAACAUUUGCUAACCGCCGCCAGUCGUCUUUCCUUUUGUUGAAAAACAUUAAAAGCUAACAAAGGAGCUCAUCAAUUUCAGGCUUUAGCACGACUUAGGGGCCUAGAAAACAAAGGCUAUAAAAUCUGCUGUUUCAUUGACGAUUGGAAUAUUACCGAGAACUGUAAACUGAAGCUGGAGCGAGUUUCAGAAAAAGAUUGUUUGGUGGUCCCCAGCUCGCAGGCGCAGUUUCGACUGCAAUCUUCAAGAGAAUCCAACCUACAGGUUUGCAAUUUUAUAUAACAAUUUAAGGCCUAAACAAAGUGUCAAAUGGGUACAAAUUAUUAUUGGACGAUUUAAAUGGAACGAAAUUGGGUUGUGGUAAUUCAUCGCUUUUUCAUUCUUAGGUUUUAAUUAUCGUAUGCUUCUUUGCACUUUGAAAGUUAAACUGGGAUAACGAAGAACGUCCUUAGCAAAUCGAACUCCAAGUAUUGUUUUUUGAGUUUUUUUAUCCUCUAACGAAUCUUGAUUCAUUUCAUAGUGGACCGAACCACAGCCAGUAAUGUUAUUUGCGGCACCUUUAUGUAAAUUAUCCCUAGGUAACUCAUUUAACUAUGACAACACCAAGUGUCAUGCACUUUGUCUUUGUCAGAGGCUAGUGAUAUCUAGUGAAAUAGCCAGAUGAUAUUUAAUUCCUUCAUGUAUGAAUAGGAAUGUGUGAGUGAAUCAGGCUAUUUAUCAAAACUUCAAGACGCCACGUUGGAAACACUGCGGAAACUGAAAGCUGAAAAGGAUUCAAGGAACCAGUUAGAGGCUGACAUGUGGUGUCAUUUUGGAUUAGCCACUAUUCGUGGGCCGAGCGGAGGUAACACCUGACACCUUGAAGCACAUGUCAAAAGGAACUUUUACUACAAAAUACUAAUUAUAUGUAUUAAUGAUCUUGCAGUCAUCGUAAUGCAGAACGAUAUAUCAGAUAACCCCGUAGACACGUUGUAAUGAAAUCAAUCAAAUGACGUUUUGGUGCACCAUUACCAAGGUGACUAACCUAAAGAAAAGAUUUUGAUGUUAUCAUGGGUUGAACAAAUUCGCAUAUCAAUAACAAUUAUGUUUCGUGGGUGAAACAAAUUUUCUGAAUACCUUGCGCCAGUAUAGAGCUAACAUUCUAGAAGCAUUAAUUUCUUUAAUUACGUUAUAACAUCAACAUUUUUUGCUUAGUGAUCUUGACCGCGAUGUCACGGUCACAUUUAAACGUCGAUUCGUUUCUUCAAUUUGUACCUGUUUAUGCGUUUUAAAACCCUUAAUCCAUUUUUUACUUUAAAUUUAACUUAACACAAAAUGUUAGUUUCCUGCUACAGUUGUGACUAUUAAAUCCAGAGAUUUUUACAUGAAUAAUGAUUUCCAUGGUUUAAAACAUAUGCUUAAAGAAGCUUUGUUAUCUGUUAUAGAGGACAUUGAGAAAGAAGAAUGGAGCAUAGAUGAUGCAACAGCAAUGUUUCAGUCGUCAGAGGAUGGAAAUUAUUGGAAGGUUACUUUUCAAGAAGGCGUGAAUUUCAUUGAGGAUAUUUUCAGAGGAUAUUACUAUGACAAUACACCAAAAGAAUACCUCGACUACGCCGCAAGAUAUGACUUAACAUUCCUCACUCCAUGCAGUCGUCAAAUGAGAUGUAAGGUGAGUCGGUUUAAGGGAGUGAUAAAGGUGACUGGGGCCUGUUCUUCGUGAUUCCCGGUACCCUAAGGGGCCUGAAGCCUGAGAUCCAAACUUAACCCUUUAACUCCUAAGAGCGACUAACAUCUAAUUUCUCCUUACAACAUUAACCCUAAAUCAAACGUUAAGGUUAUGAGAAUAAAGGAGGUGAUCACCAACUAAAGAAGCUCUUGAUUGUUGAAAAAAUUAUUUAGCUGAAAGUUUUAUUUCAUUAUUUUCAAAACUUUUGAGCUACCAUCUUGAAUCAAAACAGAACAACUUUAUAAGCCCGUUAGGUUACCGAUCUUUCGGGUAAAGGGCCCUUAGUCCGCUUAUCAAGACUUGCUUGCUUUACCUGACAAGAUGUCAAUUAUCCCAGCCGAACUCGCACAAAUUGGCAAUAUCGCUACAGAAAUCUCAGGCUUAAGAUGCGAAAAUGGGCACAUCCGAUAGAGAAUGUAUCAGAAAUUCAUAUUUCGCUUAAAUAUGUGACUAUAACUUCAAAGCAAGCAGAAAAAAUUAACUUCAUUCACACCAAAAUCGUUUUGUCGUUCUACUGUAGGUUUUGGAGAGUGUCAGGAUCAUUGGUAAUCAACUUUUGUUAGCCUUUCUCAAUUGUAAUCUAUGUUGGAAUUCAAAUGUUAAAUGGUUUUAUGUUCACAUUUAUCAAUGUUUUAAUCCUUAAUAGAGUAUAUAUCUCCAUGAAAGUGUGUUUUAAAAACCUCAAAAGAUACAAUAAGCAAAAUUCAGCCACUUUGUCUCCAAACAUAAAAUAAUGUCACCUCUUUUUUUUUGAGAAAUUCGUCGUUUGUCACCGCAGAUAGUGCGUGGGAAGAAAGAGGCCAAAACAGUACAGUGAAUGAGUAACAACAUUAACUCAUAUUGCAUUUUGAUCAUUCCGCAAUUUACUACGCAUAUAUCCAACGGAAAACCUGCUUGAAACGGACAUUAGGUUUUCUCCGUCGUAGAGUUUUCUCUGAGACUUUGAUCCUAUUGACAAUCUUUCUACUCCUUUCCAAAAGUGCUUGAGUUAAAUUAGUUGUCUUCGUCGGUCGUCGACAAAUGCGGAUUGAUCGGAAAGGCAGAAACCAAAUUUUCUUAUCUAUCAAUCAAAUUUCGGUAAAAGGAGUCCUCCUACAGAAACGUCUUGGUGUUACUACCUCUAGUUACUUGUACUGGAAGAGUCACUUCAUUUCCUGCAAACGCCAACCGCGUGCUGGUAAAACUAAACGACUUUUUUUACAGAGGAUUUAAAAAGUGGGUGUAUAUUGACGGUUCUAUAGUUUACCUAUGGUGAGUUACACUUUAAGCCAAGAUGUAUGGCUUUAAACACGCCAUAAAUACGUGGAUCUUUUACUACUUUUCAUUACAUCGGCGUUUCCCUGUAAAGUCAAAUCAGAGGAUAAUGUCAAGCUCUAAAACGGCCGCACAAGAUAUUCCAAAAGAUAUCAGAUUUGGAACCCUCUGCCCAAUAAAACAUCUUGAUGCAUUUGCUAGGGCUAUGACACAUCAAUAAUUUGAGUGCCUCUCCAAGUAAUGUUUUCGAAGUAGAAAAUUUUUGUAAGGUUAGGAAUCUCUGGACGAGGCAUUUUAGAAAUUCAUUUUUCCAACAUAAUGUACAUGAAGAUUAUAUUAUUUCGACUAAUUUAAACUUUGUUAUUCGUAGGUUAAGGUCAGGUUCAUGUUGCCUGGAAGAUUGAGUUCUUCCCUAUUGUCACUCUCUUUGAAUCUCACAAGUUGCAUUUGUUUUUUUUUUUAUCGCCAAUAAGGUUGUUUUGAAUAUGAAUAACAACAACAAUAACAACAUAAGCAAUUCAUCUCUAAAUUCGUAACGAGAAGGAUUCGAUGAAAGCUUGAGUUAUUUAACUUAACGAAGGUUUUUUUGAAUUUCUGGCUCUUUAGGUCUGGGUGGCUAGAAAGGAUGUCGAGAAAAAGUUGGCAAGCAUUCCAGUACCAUUUAGUGACGUCAAAAACAUCCUGAAAGAAAUUUACUUCACCGAUGAAACCACUCAGUCACGAAGUCGAGGCUGGUUAGUUCUCCCCUCGCGAAGAUAUUUACAAGCAGAUAUUUUAUUUCCCGGGUGCGAGUUUGAUUGCAGACUCACCAUACGUGAACGAACAGGUAGGUUCCGUGGGAAUACUCUAAAUGCAUAGAUGGUUUGUCUAUCACGAAAUGAAAGAGUCACGUACCAGGGUCUACAAACUUUAAUGCCAUAAAAGGGUAAGGAAUGGUUUGUUUGUAUAAGUCCCAAGAGCCUUAAAGCACAGGGGAUAUGCAACCUUUCUCUUUAUCGGAGUCCUGUAUACGAUAUUUAGCAUUUUCAGUUCUUUAAAAAGGGGGAAACAAUUACGACUAUCACAGAAGGUUUUCAUGAGAGAGUCUUUACCGGGUUGAAAACGGCGUAAAAGACCACAAAUUUUAACCGUUAGUUAUCUAAGAUUUGUCGUUCAAAAUGUCAAAAUCCCAGAAUGUUAUGUGUCUUGAAUUGUGGCCAGUGCGGCUGCGACGGUUACACACUCUAUCCUGAUGCCGAAAACAAAGACCUUUGACUCAGUUCCCGCAGUCUUCUACCGCGAACCACGACGUGCAGGAGUGUCUUCUUUCCGUGUAAAAUGAGUUGAUAGACAGUUGAUGGCUGCUCCAAAAGGCUUAAUUAGUUUGUAUCGAGCUGAGGAGGAGAUGCCAAUUGGAAGAUAUAAGGCACGAAAUUAGUUCAGCGUUUGAAUCUGAUCGAUGUUCUUGACUUUAACGACCAAGCCAAGAAUUAUGGCUAGGACCAAUAAGCCUUGAAGGUUUUUUAGCCUUCUGAAAAUGAGCGAGCUUGCAAAAAAUUACUCCAUAUUGAAUAUCAACCCAACAGCACUUGAUCUGGAAUUAACCUUGUUACUUGACUCUGAUGGUUAAAGCAAGAGAAUAUGUGUUUUAGAGAUAUGAAAACCGUCAGCCAUAAAAACCAUCUCAAAGUCAAUUUUUGUUGUUGUUGUUGUUGUUGUUAAUGUUCCUUGUAUGUGCGUGCAUUUGUGUUGAAACAGGGAAUGCCACAGAUCUAAACCAUGUACCCAAAGAAGAUGUCAUAAGCGUGUUGGCAGAUUAUCUUUCUGGGAUGACUUUGGUAGAAGACGACCCCUUUGGACUAAAAAUCCCAGAGAAGAAGAUCCCAGAAGGAUAUCAUUUGACCCACAAGCGGUUUUCCAAACGAAUCGUAUACAAGUCUAAACCAGGUUUCAGUAUAACUCUAUCGAGGGAACUGUCGUGGAGCCUUGCUGUGACUGAUGAAAGAUCCAGAGAAUCGGUAUUGACUACUAAGUGAAGACAAAAGUCCUCCUUGCUUAAUGAACGCUCUACCCAAGGAGCAGCAGGAUAUAUAAUGAAUCAUUUUUAUUUUCAUUCUUUUUUGUAGACUGAUCUACACCAACAUUGUGACGAAUGGGACAGGCUACUCAGAAGUGGACAGUGGGAAGCAGAGAUGAUUGUCAGAAAGUUACCCGAUUUUCUCGAAUUUGUCAAAGAAGUUCAAGGCUUUGUUGUCGGAAAGAUAAUGAGAAGUGGGCUGGAAAGGAUUGGUAAUUAGAAAAUUUGACUUUUUCCAAGGUUUUGUCUUUAAUGAUACGCUACGCAUUUUUAGUAAAAAUAUUUAAUUUUCGUCGCUGGACAUUCGUUAUAAUACGACAAAGAAAAAAUUGAAAAGAAAAGGUAGGCGAUUAAAUGAAAUAACAUAGCCGUCAUUCUUUUGCCACAAUCGUAAGACAGAGAGAAACAUUUGAGUUCAGUACGAGGAUUUGAACACCAGACCGGAUUUUGCUAUCCACUAUUAUCUUUAGCUUACUUGGUUAACUCCUGCGAAUUGGUCCUUUUUUCAUACAUAGGUUCUUUGCAGUUUAGUGAAGUCAAAGAUAAUGGUCCGCAAUAUCUGAAAAUUGAAUAUACGCCGUAGACUCAUACUUUUUCUUUGACAAAAAAUUACAUAUUUCUGUGGUACAAUUGCGCGAUGUUGCUGUGAUAACAAAUAAAUGAAGAAUUGUCUCGGUAUACAAAAGGCGCACAAAGCACGCUAGGACUAUUAUCAUGGUGACUUUUUUGUGUAACACCUACAAGACAAAAGCAUUAGGCCAUCAAAUUAGCGGCAAUCAAUGUACUGCUUUUACAGCCUUAUCGCGCACCCGGAUUUGUCAGUCUUUUGAAAAAGCUUGCAAUAUCCUUGCUACUAUCAUAAAUGUUUUUUCUUAACUGCCUUCAAACAUGCAGUUCCUCCAGAGAUUCUUGCAAGAGGACCUCUCGCUCAACAAGCCUAUUACCACGCCCUGGAUGAAGGGAAAAUCUGUGACAGGAGAGUACCGCUAAUGUUGGUUGGACAAGACCGAUCCGGAAAGACUAGCUUGAAGAAAUCGUUGAAGGGCAUAUACUUUAACUCAGAGGAGGAGAGCACUGUGGGCAUCGAUUUCGAUCCUAACCCUUUCAAAGUGACCACGGAAAUGUGGAUGACAGGAAAAAAGAAUGAAGAAGGAGAUGUUGACGAAGAAGCUAUUUCGUUUGAGCAAAAUGCUGCACGUUUGGCUGCUGACACAUUAAGGACGACAGAAACCGUCAAUGAGAUUAGUAGAAGACACAAUCUUGGCGAGGGAGAAGACUAUGAUAUUGACGAUACCGAUGAUCUAGUAUUGGGGGCAACUUCCACUGACUCGUCGAGUGGCCUUGUUCGAAUUGAGCAAACUGAGGAUCCGUUAUCCACCGAAAGUAGCUUUAAUGAAACUCGUUCGCCGGUAGGACAAGUUCCUGAUCCAAAGAAAUUGGAACCCGAAGAUGAUUUACCCAACCCCACACCAGAACUGGCAUCAGAUUUUGAAGAAAUUGCUACAAGAAUUGAAAGUUUACUUAAAGAAAAAAAGAAGAGAAAAGAGGUAGAGGCCGACGAUGUCUACUCAAUUCUGUGGGAUUUCGCUGGAGAAUCCAUUUACUAUGUAACACAUCCCCUUUUCCUUACAGCAAGAGCGAUCUAUUUUCUUGUUUAUAACCUCAACUGGAACCCAAACGCAAAAGCCAAUCGGCUAAUGAAGCAGGGAGUAUACGCAGAGUCUCAAGAUAGUUUUAACCUAAAAACUAACUUGGAUUACCUAGAUUUCUGGAUGAAUUCGUUAGCUUCCCUAGCCGCAUAUAGCGAAGACAAGGAUAUGGAUACUCAAUUCGAGGUACUUCCAAAACGACUGCCAAUGGUCUUUUUGGUCUGCACUCACGCUGAUGAACCAUACGAGGGCAGAGAUGCACGCAAGCUCGCAGCUGAAGUGUAUGGAACUUUGAAGGAGAGACCUUACGGUACCCAUUUGUUUGGUAUGUAUUGUGUAGAUAAUACAAAGUCCGGCCGCGAGUCUGAGUGUCAAGAAGUCGGCCGCCUGCGAAAGGAUGUUCUCGCUGCUGCUAAGAAAUUGCCGCAUAUCAAAGAGGUGAUUCCAGUUAAAUGGUUAAAGUACGAAAAAACUCUCCAAUGCUGGAAAAAGGGCGGGUAUAAUUUUAUUUCCCUCGAAACAGCCAAAAGGAUAGCAAACCAGGAAUGCGACAUCAGUGCUGAAAACGAUUUCAAGACGCUGCUCAACUUUCUGCAUGAUCUAAGAAUCUUGAUCCAUUUUGAUGACACAGCAGAACUAAAUGAUCUAGUAGUUCUAGAUUCUCAGUGGUUAAUUGACGUGUUCAAGAAGGUAAUAACCGUAAAACCCUACCAUUGGGAAGAGGAGCCCUUUUUAGGAUUAUGGAGGAAGCUUGAAAGAGAAGGAAUCUUGGAGGAAAAGCUUUUGGAACAUGUUUGGGAACCUCAGUUAAUCGGCGGCAGAGAAAAUUCUGAAAAAUUAAUUGCAUUAAUGGAGAGAUUUAGCUUAUUGUGUUCAUGGCCUUCACAUGGUGUCUCAGGUAACAGGCAGUUCCUCGUACCCUCCAUGCUAAAGUCACAAGCACCAGAGGGUGUCAUGAAAUUGGUUUCCUCCGCGCAAAUACCUUCUCUCGUUGUAAAAUUUGAAUCUGGUCAAGUCCCUGCUGGCCUGUUUCCCAGAUUAGUCUUACAAUUCUUUCAAUGGGGAAAAGAGAGUUUUUGGAGCUCAAAGCGCCUAAAGUUGUUUCACGGCUUUUCCAGGUUUUACACGUCUCAAGAUGCCGGGUGCUCAGUAAUUCUUCUAUGUCACUCGUCUUACAUCGAGGUUGUCUACCAUCAGGGUAACGCAAAUGAUGAGUCGGUAAAUGCUUUGCAGUCACCCCUCUCCCAGAAUUCAAUGAACAAGUUGUACAAUGAAAAUGAUUUAAGCUGUGUCCGGGUUGUCUGUAGACAGUUGGGCUUGAUUCUGGAGUGCAUGCGUAAUCAGUUCCGCUGGCUGAACAGUAUGAGAUACAAGAUGGGUAUCAUCUGCCCAAUCUGCCGUGAACAAAGUGCCGUCGAGUACUGUGAAAGGCAUCAAAGUCUAAAUUGCAAGCAAGAGGAAUGCCUCCACUUUUGGUCCGAGUCUGAACUGUGCGCAUCCAAGGGAGAUGCAUUUUGUAUGGAAUCUGUUUCGGCGCUAAAUAACAGAUUUAACCCUGAGCGCUGGGCUCCUUGGUUUUCAUCUCAGGAUAACUGGGUAAUUAUCAUUACAAGCUGCAUCUGAAAAAAAAGUAUUGCCUCUAUUGCAGAUAAAAUAAUUCGAGUAAAGCAAUUCUUUGACAAUGGCUUACACAUCUGAUUAAGAAAUUUGAAAGGCUGUUUACUGGGGCGAAUGUAAUUGAAUUUCAAAGAAAAUUAACGGAAAAUAUCAUACAACAAACAAUUUAUUUUUCAGACUUUAUAUCAGCUAGUAAUCAAAGCGAAUGUAGUUAUAACAAUUACUAUCCCGUGAUUUUUUGGCAGUUUUUAACUCUUCUGAUAUAAUCGUAAUAAUGGUAAUAUGCGAAAAAGUUUUAACCACUUCCUAUUUACGCAUCGUAGGUGGGACGUAGUAAUCACUGUGAUGAACUUUUGUUCCUGGAGAAAGGUGAGGUUCUUACUUAGGUACGCAGAAGUUUUUGCACGAUAGUCGCCAGUAUUAGGCGUGCUCUGCUUUUUUUCUCGUCAAUUUUCUCUUGUAUCUUCCUUUAUUACUUUGAUCAUCAUUAGGUUAACUGUUGAAGUAUAGGUGAUAGGUUCCUCUAAAACACCAAACUUGCGUGAAACAAUACGGAAAAGGUCGAUUUACCUGACAUGUCCGCCUACGCAGAUUUCACUUUAUCCAGCUCUGUUGGUAGUCAUUUCGCCCACACUCGCUUAGUUUUCAAAGAACCAUCUGUUACGGAAUGCUGGCUACCUGGUAAAAAGCUAUAAGGUGUAGCAAUGUUAAUAUAUGAAUAAAUUAUAUGCUUUGUUAGGGAAAGGUGCUACGACUCUCUCUGUCCCUUGUGAGAUUGUAGACACCCUUUUGGCACAGUCGAAUGAUUGCAAAGAUUUUGUACGACAAUUAGAAGACAAAUUAAAUCUGAAUGACGCCGUCUUGCGAGACCCUGAUCCUAAUACCAGGGUACUGAUUCGUACCCUGGCGAGAAAGGCUAACAAUGCAAGCCGAAGUGAUCUAGUUGAAGAGCUGAGAAAAAUUGUACCGGCGGGAACUACAGGUAAGUUUUAAUAUGGAAACUCAAAUGUACAUUACUUUAAUGACCGCCACACUCAGCCGUCGAGUAUGUUCGUGGAAUAAUAACGUGCUGUGCUUUUUGAAGUAUACUUUUUGAUUGCAAGAUUAUGUCAUCAUAACAUCUGUCAAAUACUCAGCACUCCAAGGCUCGCCAGAUUAUGAAAACGUUAGGAACAUAACUCGUCUCGUUGAUUCUCGAAAUGGCACUCGCACUCUUUUGUUGGCUUAUGCCGAAAAUAUAUCCCAUAUUGAAAGUUCUACAAUCCUAAAUGCUUUUCCUGCAAAUCGUUUUCAUGAUAAUUUAUUUUCCAUUCAUUGGCUUAAUUGUCGUUUUCUCCAGUGGUAAAUUAUAGUGUCCUCCUGAUAAUUACUAACCGUUUUUCUCACAGAAUUUCUCCGGGCGGGUGAACUAAAACUCUUUUUAAAAUUUGAUUAAAAUCAUUUAAGCUCUAACCGAAAGUUCCGAAACGUUUUGGGUUGUUAGCUGGAGUGCCUAAACAUUCUAUCAUUUUUGAAAAUACAUAUAAAAUUUUCUUAUUUCUAGCUCCAAUGUUACCGGAAAGCCUUCUUGUUCGAGGAAUCCCUUUCAGUCAACUAAAAAAGCUCACUAUCACCUUAAGCGGUAAGAAGACAAAACAAAGUAUUGAGUUUUUCUUCAUUACAAUGUUUCAUAUAAGCGUAUUCAUGUUUUUCUUUCUCGCCUCCUUCCCUCCUUUCCUUCCGAUCUUCUUUCCUCCAUCACUUACUCUCUCACCUGUCCUUGUAUUCAUUCUCACUUUCAUUCUUUCAGCAUAAUAAACAUAGAAUAAUCUUUAUAGAACGUUGCACAAAAAUUCACAAGGCAAAGUAAUAAUAAGUAGAGUACAAAUUACGCGCGAAUCGAGUACAAAUAUCCUGCGAUAUGGUACGGUUAUUUAGACAGUUGGUUAUUUUAUACUGUCAAAAAGCCUGUUUAACCAGUCGGCUGCGCGCGUUACGCUUCACUAUCCGCUUUGCUUUUCCCGCCUUAUGAGAAAUGAGCAGAAACACUUAGCAGAAAAAUAAUAAGUAGAGUACAAAUAACGCACGAAUCGAGUACAAAUAUCCUGCGAUAUGGUACGCUUAUUUUAUGCUGUAAAAAGGCUGUUUCACCAGUCGGCUGCGCGCGCUACGCUUCUCUAUCCGCUUUGCUUUUCCCGCCUUAUGAGAAAUUUGCAGAAACACUUAGCAGAAAAAAAGGCAGCUGGAGAAUUAAUAACUUAUUGGACAUUUUGGUGUGGAGUAUCGCUGAGUAUUUUUACGAGUUGUGCCGUAUUUAAAUACUCUGCGAUAUUACACGCCAAAAUUCCCCGUAAUAAGAUCUAUAUUUCCUGAACCAUUCUGUUCCAUCCUUGUUUAUUCUAUUAGUUCCUUUUGUUCUCUAAUUAAGUUAUCUUGAAAAAGGACUUUUAUGUUUAACGUUGAAGGUGGAGAUGAGUGGAAGAUAUUUGCCGAGCAACUGAGACUAACCCCAGAAGAGAUUCGUUUCCUUGACAAUCGCACUUUGAAUCCAGCUGAUGCAGCUUUGGGUUACAUUGCACAAAAAUAUCAGAUAACAGUGGGUGAUCUUUAUCACCUUUUAACUGAAUGUGGACUACCCGUCGUAGCCGAUUUGCUUUGA